AUAAGCAUAAAAAACUGAAAGUUUGUUCUCCCAAACACAGGCGUUUUCUAAAGAGGGCAACAGUCUAGCUAAUUUCACUCAUCCUUAAUCUUGCUUGCCUUAUUGAUGAGUUUCUGUGUAGGUGCCCAUGCAAAUAAGACACACACACUUCUUCCCAUUAGCAGAGGAGUAGGUAACAACUUAUCCCAAUCACACUCAAAGGCCUUGAGACUCAGUGCUCUUGUGUCUAUAAAAGAGCUUUCCUCUUCUAAGGAAGUAACAGCAGACCUAUCUCCUACUGAGCACUUCAUUACCAAGCGGAGAGAAAGCAGGAGAGGAGGAGAGGGACCACAGCCGAGUGUUGCCAGUCUGGAAGAUCGGUGGACAACAGCAGUAAGAAAAACACAAGGAGAGGAAAAGCAUUAAAAAGAGGCUGAAGAUGGUGUGUUUGUGCUGGUUGUCCAUGGUUGUAAUGGCAUUCAUGUGCAUCCCUGGGUUUGGCUUGAUGUGUUUGGACAGCUCCAUAUGCAACAACCUGAGCAGUGAGGACAGGAUACUGGACUGUGUUCACUUCUGCUUCUCUGCAAUCCAGACUGAAUUCCCACAGCUCAGUGCAUCGGCCCAGCACAUUAAUGAUGAGGACAAUAACCUCUUACUCAGCGUUGUUCUUGCCACUCUGGCUUCUGAAGACAAAAUAUCCAAAGAGUUCGAUCUGAAAGCCCACAGUGACAAGCGCCGCUCAUAUUCCAUGGAGCAUUUCCGUUGGGGGAAACCCUCGGGCCGCAAACGCAGGCCUGUUAAAGUCUUUGCCUCUUCUCUGGAGGGAGGGGACUACACUGAGAGCAGCUUCCCUUUUAAAGCAAAAAGGAGCAUUCAACAGGGAAGUGAUCAAAAUGAAGGUUUGCUGAGGCCCAGAGUCAGCUCCAGAUCACAUUCACAAGUGAGCCAGCAGGACAGAAAAGAUGGGACUUACCGGAUGACUCAUUUCAGAUGGGGCAGCCCACCUGCAUCCAAACGAAAUGGCAGCUUUAUGAAGCCGUGGGAGGAGAAACCUCAAGGGCCCCUGUCCAAGUUCCUCAAGAACAUUAUUAUGAAGGAUGUGCAAAGGAUAAUGGGAUGAACAGAGGCUUGAGUAAGAGAAGAUAAUAGUCAGAGCAGCCUUUGCAUGUUAGUUUCCCACACGUCUUAAUUUACAUUUCAUAAACCUGUUGCAAUCUUUAGCAUGUUGAUGAAUAUCAUUUUUGGGCCCAACAUGUAUUCAAUUUAAACCGUGUAAAAAUAAAGAUAAAAAUGAAAAAUAAACCAAGGUUGUUCUGUUGAAUAUAAACUGAUGUAUCCAAUAACUACUUAUAUAUUCUUGACUUUGAUUUGAGAGCCUUCGGAAAGUAUAAAAUAUCUUGUGGGAAACAGUUACUAAUCCAGAUGUGUAUGAAUGUGAAAAGUUUGGCUUGUUUAUGUGUAUUUAUUCAGUUUAUUGACAUAUUGGUAUCUUUUUUUUGUAAACUAUAAAACAUUAAAUAUGUGUUAUGUGUUGCAAAUAAUAAUUGUCAUUUUUAGACC